CACCCCACUAACCCAGCCCUGCCUCCCACAGCUGCACCCCAUGAGGAUGGACCAGCGGAUGCCACCGCUCAUCCUGGAGGCGCGCUCGGAGAUGGACAAGUACCUGUCCAGCGAGGUGCCGCCCGUGCCGAUGCUCCCGGACAAGAAGUACCGCCGGGAGAGCGCCUCGGUGGUGGACGAGUUCUUCUCCACGGAGAAGCCCAGCUCCACUCCCUACAGCGUGAACAUCAACGUCAUCCUGCCCGACACCACCCACCUGCGCACGGGGCUCUACCGGCCCCCCAAACCCAUGGCCCCCUUCCCGCAGAUCAAAACCGAGCCCGGCACCGGCUUCUCCCAGCCCUGCUCGUCCUCCUCCGGCCCCACACAGACCCUGCCCGACUUCACCAGCGUGUUCAGCAUGCCCCAGUCGGUGGCGGUCAACAACAUCUUCAUCAAGCAGGAGAUGCCGGCCGAGAUCCCCUUGUCGGCCCACCCGCAGCAAUCCCAGCUCUUCCAGCUGCCCCUGGGCGCUGCUGGAGCCGACAUCCCCGCCCUGGCAUCCUCCUCCAGCAGCACCACGGCCAUCAGCUGCCUCAGCGGGGUCACCAUGUCCACGGGCUCGGUGGCCAGCGUGGCACACAGACCCGUGCAGCCAGCGGGGCCCCUCAAGCAGUACCCACACGUGGCCCAGGGACAGGGAAGCUUUGGGAACAUCCCCGGGCAGUUCUACCCCGCCCCGGGGGUGACUCUGCCCCCCUCGCCCCCCAACUCGCAGCCUGGCAGCCCCGAGAACCAACCCGAGCUCAUCAACACCAUCUCUCCCCCGCCGUCCUACGAAGCCACUUUUGGACUGAAGCUGGUCCAGUCGUCCCAGAUCCCCCCAGGUCCCAACGGCGUCGGGGGCCUCUCCCAGGGCCACGUUGUGAUGCAGCCCCCCAAGUACAACCGGCGCAACAACCCCGAGCUGGAGAAGAGGAGGAUCCACCACUGUGACUUCCCAGGUUGCUCAAAGGUUUACACCAAGAGCUCCCACCUGAAGGCACAUCAGAGGACUCACACAGGUGAGAAGCCCUACAAGUGCACGUGGGAGGGCUGUGACUGGCGCUUCGCCCGCUCGGACGAGCUCACCCGGCACUACCGCAAGCACACGGGGGCCAAACCCUUCAAGUGCCUGGCGUGCGGCCGCUGCUUCUCCCGCUCCGACCACCUGGCCCUGCACAUGAAGAGGCACCAGAAUUAG